GGGCGGGUGACUAUAGGAACAGGGCGUGGUCUACUGAUUGAUGGCUGGAACGCUUCCAUUCCUGGGCUCCUCCCCCGCCACGCCCCCUCCCUUCCUCUCCGCCCAUCCCUUACCUCCCUCAGACAAUUUUACCCGCCAAUGACAAAUUGGAGUCUCAGCCUCUUUCCAAUCGAUCUCCCAGGUGCAGAGUCCAUAUCUAUUAUUGCUGUCUUUGGGAUCCCGAGUGGGAGUCCUGAAACAGAGGCAGCCGCUGGGGCUGCUUAUCUACAUGAAGCUGGGAAUCUGUAGGGCAGGAACUCUAGUUUCCCGUCCUCGCUUUCUCCUCUUUCCCUGGGAAUUGGGAACACUGCAGGCAGAGGCGGCCCAAACCCUUUUAUUCCUUAAUUUACACUCCCGGGUGACAGUCCUGGGUAAGCUGCCAGUCCUGGGGAAUUCAGGGUUCCUCAGUUGAUUCUCAGGGUCUUUCCCUCCCUCGGUAUCAUUCGUUCUUCUCCCAGCUACCAAGUACCUGCAGCCAAGGACUCCAACCUCCAAGCUGUGACCUAGAGAGCCUACUAAGAGAAAGAGAAGAAUCCUAUAUCUCAGAAGAGAGAACCUGAAAAAGAAAAUCAAAUCACAGUUAGAGAAAAGACAGAUGGACCACCCCAAGGAUGCUUGCAACAAGGAAAACAUUCUCUGCAGUAGACUCAAACCAGAAGUUUUACAUAAUUGAAUAGCUUCCUGCUGGCCUGGUUUAUAGAUGUAUAUGAACUUUCUUAGAAGUCAUUUUAAAUAAACUACAGACAAAAUGUUAUCUAGAGUUUCUCCUGCUGCUUGUUCUCAAGAAUCAUCAAUUAAGCAGAAAUUUUCUUUUGACAACAAAGCCUUUGAAGGCAGCUUACAUAGCUUGGCUAGUUUACCUAUAUCAUCAUCUUCAAUAAGCACCAGUCUGAUCAACAUUUUGGGCAUGACAUGCCAGUCUUGUGUGAAUUCUAUAGAGGGCAAGAUUUCUAACUUGAAUGGUAUUGUGAGCAUAAAAGUUUCCCUGGAACAGGGCAAUGCCACUGUGAAAUACAUCCCAAUGACCAUAAACCUACAACAGAUUUGUUCUGAAAUUGAGGAUAUGGGCUUUGAUGCUAACAUAGCAGAAGGAAAGGCUGCAACAUGGUCCACAAAACCCUUAUCUGCUGAUGAAGCAGUGACCAAGCUUCGUGUGGAGGGCAUGACUUGCCAGUCAUGUGUCAAUACUAUAGAAGGGAAGGUGGGGAAACUUCAAGGGGUUCUGAAAAUCAAAGUCUCCCUUAGCAAUCAAGAGGCUAUCAUCACUUAUCAACCUUACAUCAUUCAACCUGGAGACCUCAGGGACCACAUCAAUGACAUGGGAUUUGAAGCCACCAUCAAGAGCAAAAUGACACCAUUAAGUUUGGGAGUGAUCGAUAUAGAACGAUUACAAAGUAAUAACCCCAAAAAGGUGCCAACUCAACUCCCCUGUCAUAAUCCUGAAGCAGGAGGGAACCAGCCUAGAAUGACUGCUACUCUACAGCUAGAAGUGGAAGGAAUGCACUGCAAAUCCUGUGUCUUAAAUAUUGAAGGGAAUAUAGCUCGCCUACCAGGUGUAAAAAGCAUUCAGGUAUCUCUGGAAAAUAGAAGUGCAGAUGUUCAGUUUGACCCAGAAUGUAUUACCCCAGCAUUCUUGAAGCAAUCCAUUGAGGCUCUCCCACCUGGGAAUUUUAAAGUCACUCUUACUAAAGGAGCAGAAGGCAAUGGGUUGGAGAAUUCAUUAGACAGCUUGUCUUCAAGUCUUCCUCUGUCUACACGACCCCAAGGAAACCAAGCACAGGGAAUAUGUAGAACUGCCGUGAUUGGCAUUGAUGGAAUGACCUGUGCUUCCUGUGUGCAGACCAUUGAGAACUUACUAUCCCAAAGGGAAGGGAUAGAAAAAAUUUCUGUCUCCUUAGCUGAAGAGAUUGGAACAUUCUGCUAUAAUGCCUCUAUUAUAAGCCCUGAAGAAUUAAAAACUGCUAUUGAAGACAUGGGAUUUGAGGCAUCCAUCAUAACUGAAACCAGUUCCAAAAAGCAUGUUGAAAACUCUUAUGCUGUGGAUUCUAAGGCCCAAACAGGGCUUAAGGACUCUGUUUCUUUUCAAGAGGAAGAAGUCAAUGCUGAGGGGUAUCAUAAAACAAACAUCUUCAGCCUUUCUCCGAAGCCUUUUCCCUCAAGAGGUCCACUUCACUCUAAGGCAGUGACCUCAGAGAAAUGCUUUUUACGCAUAACAGGCAUGACCUGUGCAUCCUGUGUCUCCAACAUAGAAAGAAAUCUUUUGAAGGAAGAUGGUAUACUUUCAGUUCUGGUUGCUCUAAUGGCUGGAAAAGCAGAAGUCAAGUAUAAUCCAUAUGCCAUCCAGCCCCUUGAAAUAGCCCAGCUCAUCCAAAACUUGGGCUUUGAAGCUACCAUAAUGGAAGAUUAUACUGGAUCAGAUGGCAAUAUUGAGCUGACUGUCACAGGAAUGACCUGUGCUUCAUGUGUUCAUAACAUUGAAUCCAGGUUGACCAGAACCAAUGGCAUUCUUUAUGCCUCUGUGGCCCUUUCUACUAGCAAGGCUCAUAUCAAGUUUGAUCCUGAAAUUGUGGGUCCUCGGGAUAUUAUAAAAAUUAUUGAGGGAAUUGGCUUUCAUGCUUCUUUGGCUCAGAGAAAUCCCAAUGCUCAUCAUUUGGAUCACAAGAUGGAAAUAAAACAAUGGAAGAAGUCUUUCCUGUGCAGUCUGGUAUUUGGCAUCCCUGUCUUGUGUUUGAUGAUAUACAUGUUAAUACCUAGUAGCCAGCCUCAUGAGUCCAUGGUAUUGGAGCAUAACCUCAUCCCUGGAUUAUCCAUCUUAAAUCUCAUCUUCUUUGUCCUAUGUACUUUUGUCCAGUUCCUAGGUGGCUGGUAUUUCUAUGUCCAGGCCUAUAAAUCAUUGAAACACAAGACAGCCAACAUGGAUGUGCUCAUUGUAUUGGCCACGAGCAUCGCUUACGUCUACUCUCUUGUGAUUCUGGUAGUGGCCAUUGCUGAGAAGGCAGAGAAGAGUCCCGUCACAUUCUUUGAUACGCCUCCCAUGCUCUUUGUGUUCAUCGCGCUGGGGAGGUGGUUGGAGCAUGUGGCAAAGAGUAAAACGUCUGAAGCUCUUGCGAAACUAAUGUCUCUUCAAGCCACAGAAGCUACUGUUGUGACAUUGGGUGAGGACAAUCUAAUCAUCAGGGAGGAGCAAGUACCUAUGGAGCUGGUUCAGCGGAAUGAUGUGAUCAAGGUAGUACCUGGGGGAAAGUUCCCUGUAGAUGGAAAAGUUCUAGAAGGCAGCACCAUGGCAGAUGAGUCCCUCAUCACAGGAGAAGCUAUGCCAGUUACUAAGAAACCAGGGAGCACAGUGAUUGCUGGUUCAAUCAAUGCUCAUGGCUCAGUGCUAAUUACUGCUACUCAUGUUGGGUCUGAUACCACAUUGGCACAAAUUGUGAAAUUGGUAGAAGAGGCUCAAAUGUCAAAGGCACCCAUACAGCAACUGGCGGACAAAUUUAGUGGGUAUUUUGUCCCAUUCAUCAUCAUCAUUUCAACUGUGACAUUGGUGGUAUGGAUUGUAAUCGGUUUUAUCGAUUUUGAUGUUGUUCAAAAAUACUUUCCCAAUGCUAACAAACAUAUCUCCCAGGCAGAAGUGAUCAUUCGGUUUGCAUUCCAAACUUCCAUCACAGUAUUGUGUAUUGCCUGUCCUUGUUCACUGGGCUUGGCUACACCAACAGCAGUAAUGGUUGGAACAGGGGUGGCUGCCCAAAAUGGUAUUCUCAUCAAAGGAGGAAAGCCCCUUGAAAUGGCUCACAGGAUCAAGACGGUGAUGUUUGACAAAACUGGAACCAUUACGUAUGGUGUCCCCAGAGUCAUGAGAGUUCUUCUAUUGGUGGACAUGGUUUCCCUGCCACUGAGGAAGGUUCUGGCUGUGGUUGGCACAGCUGAAGCCAGCAGCGAGCAUCCCCUGGGGGUGGCUGUCACCAAGUACUGCAAAGAGGAACUUGGAGCUGAAACCCUAGGGUACUGCACGGACUUCCAAGCUGUCCCUGGGUGUGGAAUUGGCUGUAAAGUCAGCAAUGUUGAAGCCAUCUUGGCCCAAAGUGAAGACCCUUUAAAUGAAUGGAGUAGUCAUCUGAAUGGUGUUGGCAGUCUUCCCACAAAAAAAGGGAGGACGCCUGCAGACAGCUUUCCUUCAGAUCACUCACGUUCAGCAGUGCCUCACACCUAUUCCGUACUGAUUGGAAACCGGGAAUGGAUGCGACGGAAUGGGUUAACAAUAUCCGCUGAUGUCAGUGAUGCGAUGACAGACCAUGAAAUGAAAGGGCAAACGGCAAUAUUAGUAGCUAUUGAUGGUGUGCUCUGUGGGAUGCUGGCCAUAGCAGAUUCUGUCAAGCAGGAAGCAGCACUGGCCGUCCAUACUCUCAAAAGCAUGGGUGUGGAUGUGGUUCUUAUAACUGGGGACAACAGGAAAACUGCAAAAGCCAUUGCCACACAGGUGGGCAUCAGCAAAGUUUUUGCAGAGGUUCUCCCCUCUCACAAGGUGGCAAAGGUCCAGGAGCUUCAAAAUCAAGGGAAGAAAGUGGCCAUGGUAGGAGAUGGUGUGAAUGACUCUCCAGCUUUGGCAAGGGCUGAUGUUGGCAUUGCCAUUGGGACAGGCACAGAUGUAGCUAUUGAAGCUGCAGAUGUUGUCCUCAUUAGGAAUGAUUUGCUAGAUGUGGUUGCUAGUAUUCAUCUUUCCAAGAGGACUGUCCGGAGAAUACGAAUAAAUCUGAUCUUGGCCUUAAUUUAUAACUUAGUUGGGAUACCCAUUGCAGCAGGUGUUUUCAUGCCCAUUGGCAUUGUGCUGCAGCCUUGGAUGGGAUCUGCUGCCAUGGCGGCCUCCUCUGUGUCCGUGGUGCUCUCUUCACUGCAGCUUAAAUUUUAUAAGAAACCAGAUAUGGAGAAAUAUGAAACCCAAGCCCAUGGCCACAUGAAACCCCUUACUCCAUCCCAGGUCAGUGUUCAUAUUGGCAUGGAUGAUCGGCGAAGGGAUCCCAGUAAGGCCACCGCAUGGGAUCAGGUCAGCUAUAUCAGCCAAGUGUCAAUGUCCUCCCUGACAUCGGACAAGUUGUCCAGGCACAGUCCCCUGGCGGAGGAUGGAGGGGACAGAUGGUCGCUGCUACUGAAUGAUCGGGAUGAAGAACAGUCCAUCUGAAAGGCAGUAGCCCCCAUGGAACAUUCACAGCAUGAUCAGGGCGCCAUGUUUCCCAGAGGAUCAGUGAGCUCCCCACAUACAGAAUGAGGUGGAGAGGAAUUCUUUUGCUUCAGCUUGGCUAAACAACUGCAACAUCUCUUUUCCCUUCCUGGGAUGAUCUGAAGGCUUCUCUGGCAUUGGAAACAAUUCUGAGACACUUAUUCUUGACCAGGGAAACCUUUUUCCAGAAAUAGUUUUAGUUCUGGGAAAAAGAGUUCUAGCCCAUGACAACUAUCUUCAACACUGGUUUGAAAUAUAUAGGAAGAAAAGCUUCAGCUUCUAUCAUUUUAUCAAUUUUUUUGUCUUUGGAGAAGGAAAAAAAAAUCCCCUAUGAACAGGGGAAGAAAGCCAAGUGUUCCUCAAGGAACCUCUUUUAUCAUUUGGGACAAAUAGUAAUAGGGAAAUGUGGGAAAUCACACUAGGAAUAAAAAAAAAAAAACUAGCUAAGCUUUUUGGUAGAGUACUUGUAGAAAACUUUACAUAUUGUAUUUUUCAUGAAUGCCAGUCUUCAUGUUUAUCAUUUUGUUGAGACCAUGGUUUACCUCAAAGUGCCAUUCUCUAAGAGCACUCAACUUCUUUUUCAAUUUUUAUCUCUCCUCUUCCUCUUCCCAUUAGCCCUCUCCCCAUUCCAGUGUGUCCCCCCAUAGUCCCCACACCUACAUUCCUUUAUUUGCAGCCAUGAUUUUCUGGUCCUUUGUGGCCCACCCCUGGAAUCCCUGUGUCUCCUAAGGUCCAUUGUGUCUUUUUUCUGAUGUUUCUGCUUCUGCCUUGGCUUGACUUGUGCACUUCCCGGCUAGGGUGGUGCACAUGUACACAUGUGCCAGAUGGCUCAGAAAGCAGUCACCCAAAUGGGAUUGUGGAGGAAACCUUAGAGAAUCAAAGCCUUCUUAACUGAUUCAUGGCCUUCUGUAGACCUACAUGAGCCCUGCAAAAAUAGAAGUAUUGGGGGGGGGGCGGGGAGUGAAGGGAGUCAACUGGGCCUUCUCAAUUGAAAAGUGCAUAAUUUUUAAUAUUCAACAGCUACUUGCAAAUGGAAUCCACAUCAAGGAGGCAGAUGGAUCUUGUUUUAUUGUCUAAGUUAAUUCACUACAGCUGAUAAUUGAAAGGACCAUAUGGAAGUGGGAUGAUACAAAGAUUCCACUGGUGAAAGUACUUAUGUGGUGGGACCUUUUGGAGGAGGGAGUCAAAGGAUUUAUGAAGACAAAAGGGCCAUGACUGAUAGAAAUUGUGCUCUUUCAAGCAAUGAUCAAUAUUUGUCACCAAAAACAUUUUUUUAAAUUUAAAAAAUGUUACACCUUAGCUUCUGGUGGAAAUGUGCUAUAUAAAUAAAUGUGUUAGUUGCACUGA